AUGGAGUGGAGUGCUAACACAUGUGUUGUGCGGGCGGCUGAAACCGCUUGCAUUUUCAGAUUUGCUGUCUACUUGAUUUCAGAUUUAUUUACCUUGGCUUUAAGGGGAGGCGAUUUUGGUUUCUUCCUUCUUCUUCGUGCGUUUGGCCAAGCCGUCGCUCUCUCGCUCCUUCGCACCCUCCUCGUCGACGCCGGCCUCCGGCCACUGGCUGCCACCUUUUUACUUCCCUUCGUCCUCCUCGCGACGCCAUCACCGGAUCGAUUCGCCACCGACAGCGUCACUGGUGCCGCUAACUCCCCUUCUCUCUCGUUGCCGCCGCUCCUCUUCCUUUCCUCCUCUCAUCGGAGCUGUACCCGAGCCACCUCUCUCCAGAUCCAAUACUGCCUACAGUGCUUCAUAGCGCUUACAGCGCAAGGCACUCUCUCCAGCCGAGGCAGAUGGCGUCUCCUCCAUUCUGCGCUAUUUCCGACAUCCUGUGCGUACUUUUGCUUGGGGUCGAUCCUCAUCGUGUUGGUUGGUUUCCAAUCCACCCUGUGGUGCGCUUCCGAGGUCGAUCCAACAUUUGAUAUGCACCAUCGUACACGUCCAUUCCCGCCUGCGUGCCGAUCUCGUGUCACAGCCUGCGUGCCAAAGUCAUAUCCCGGCCGGCGUGCCGCUAGUACCUCCCGGCCUGCGUGCCGAUGUUUUAUCUCGACCUGCAGCUCGACUUCUAGCUCCAUGAUGCAUCCAGCUCCGCUUCGUCAGAUCCAGCCCUUUAUCCUGAUCGGGCAUCAUCUACUCUUCCGGGUCACAACAACUCUAGCAGCGUCCUAUCCGAGGGCGUCCCCUGGGCCAGGGUAUGUUCUCCGUACUCACCUCUUAUUUAUUUCAUGAUUAUAUUAUUAGCCUGUUACUCAUAUGUUCGUUGGAUCCGCCUCGAGCCUCGGUGUGCUAGGGACCGGGGGGAUCCGGUCACUGGCUGCAGGUAGCGUUGACCAGAGGACUUCCGAAGACUUGGUCAACACAGAAGUCAUCUCAGCACACACCCCUCCGGGACGUCGCGACUCGGUCAACAUUCUCGCCACCUCCCCCGACGGCCCGUCUGACUCAUAUUAUGGGCAGGAUCACUUACUUUAUUGAUUUUGGGUCCGAAACAAUCAAGAAUGAUAUUGAUGUUUACUUAGCACAUUUGAUUGGUGACUUAAAGCACUUAUGGGAAAAAGGUAUUGAAACAUAUGAUGCAUAUUGGCAAUAAAAAUUCACCCUUAAGGCAGCCAUACUAUGGAUUAUUAAUGAAUUUUCGGCAUAUGAAAACCUUUCAGGAUGUUGUGUAAAAGGAUAUAAGGUAUGACGUGUCUGUGGUGAAAACACAUG